AUGGCUGUUUUAUGGCAGACCCAGUUUGCGAUUGUUACUCUUAACAUCCUUUUGGGAAUCCUGUUUGUCCUGGCAAACAAAGACUUUUGUGGAAGCGUUUAUGAAACUCGAGUCGACCAUGUCUUGGUAGGUCAUGUUAUCCAGAACAAUGUUGUUGUGGACGAGUUUGAAUGCCAGUUAAAAUGUAUGGGAAAUAACAGCUGUAAGUCGAUCAAUGUUCAUCCCAGUGACAGCAAUGGAAAACGUAGCUGUGAGUUGAAUAAUAAAACACGGCAGAUGAAGCCAGGUCAUUUCAAAAAGAAGAAAGGAUCUACAUACUAUAGCUCUGUUCAGGCCUCCUGUAUGGAUGUUUCGCGCGGGCGAAAACAAACAAUUAAAAGCGGCCAGUGUCAUCCAAGAUACAUAGGAAAACAUUGUGAAACACCUACCAGAGGCUUAUAUUUCAAUCAGCCUGGUCAUUCCUGUAAGGACAUUUUGGAAGCUGGAGACUCUAAAGGAGAUGGGGAGUACUGGAUCGUCCCUGAAAAAAAUGGAACUCCUUUAAAAGUAUUUUGUGACAUGACAACUGAUGGAGGAGGCUGGCUCCUAAUCUAUAACGUGAUUGCUGAGGGAACUGUACCCCCCACCAAUUUGAAUAAAGAAGAGACAUACGAAGGAGUCAGUCGUUACAGAAACAACAGAAUGGUUCUCUCUCCUGACGGUAUGCGAGAGCUGAGAUCCCGCAUAUCUUUCACUCAGCUGAGAUUCCACUGCCGUAAACAGCAACCUGGACGAACGUUUCAUGUCAAAACGGCCGCGAACAGCUCUGGUGAAGCUGUAGCCAGGUUCUUUGCCGGUGAUGCCGACGCUUUUCCCAAAGCCUGUGGCUCAUUUGAGAAACUCAAGGGAGACAACUCAGUCCUUGCAAGUAGAUGCGUAGAAUGGGGGAAGGAAAACGGUGCGUAUCGUGUUGGAAAAUGGGGACAUGAAGGGUAUAAGGAGCUGUAUAUAUACUCAGCAUUCAUUCGGGGUCGAUCUCAUUGGCGCACGUGGCCUGGAUAUCACAUCUGGCUAUGCGAUGACGUGGCGGACGAUUUGUCGCGCGGCGACUUUUGGAAGAUUUAUAUCCGUUAA